AACCUUCACUCAAGGAAGAACAUUCGGGCUGUCUAUAUCUCUUUAGCUAAAAAGCUUUUCAUUGUUUCUGUUGUUGUAAUAUUAUGGGGCUCACCGAGCAGGAAUGGCAGAAGGUCAUGGACAUCUGGGACAAAGUGGAACCAGAUCUCUCUUUGCAUGGACAGGAAGUUAUCAUCAGGAUGUUCCAGAAUCACCCUGAGACUCAAGAGCGCUUUGUCAAAUUCAAAGAUUUCAAGACUCUGGAUGAGAUGAAGAACUCAGAAGAACUCAAGAAACAUGGAACCACAGUUCUCAGUGCUUUGGGUAAAAUUCUGAAACAGAAAGGGUCCCAUGAAGCAGAGCUGUCACCACUGGCACAAACUCAUGCCAACAAGCAUAAAAUUCCAGUCAAAUAUUUAGAAUUUAUUUCUGAAGUCAUCAUUGGUGUCAUUGCUGAAAAACAUUCUGCAGAUUUUGGAGCUGAUUCUCAAGAGGCAAUGAGGAAAGCCUUGGAGUUGUUCCGGAAUGAUAUGGCCAGCAAAUACAAGGAACUUGGAUUCCAAGGCUAGUAAGGAAAGAAGAUGUCAUCACUGGGAAGACUUAGUGUGCAUAGGUGUGUGGUCAGUUUAGGAGAAUAUUUUCAUGUCAUCACAGGAAAAUAGCUUGAAUAAAUUGAAUAAUGUUAAUGCUGUACUUGAGGGUAGCAAGGUAUGUUGUCCAAAAUCUCUAAUGUCUGCUAAGGCCACUUUGGCUGAGACUUAAGGGACUAAACCAAUACAUUUGGAGGCUAUCUAAUGAGGUCAAGAGGGAGGAUUAAAGAGCUAGAAAGAUGGAGGUGAAAUGACUGGAUAUAUAAUCAUUAUACCACUUUUUAGUUCUGUGGAAUGGUCCUCAAACUCACCAUCUGCAGCCAGGUUCUGAUGCCAGAUAAAUAGAGAGAGCAAAUUGGGGAGCAGAUUGUAUGCCAUAUUCGUGGGUCAUUGGUUUAAAUGCAAUCUCCCUUGGGAUGGAUAAUCAUGUGCUCCAGUGUUUUGUGUGUAAUUAAUGGAAUUAAAAUUGUAUUAAAUUUAGAGUUGCCACUUUUGUAUGAGUAUGAUUCUGAUACUACUCAAAGAUGAAGCACAUCCCUUUGUCUAAAAAUAAUUCUAUGCUGCUGCUGCUGCUGCAGCUUUAAGUGUGAUGGAAA